AUGGCGAUGUUUCAGGAUAUCUUCGAAUAUGUAGAACGUUUUCUGUACAAAUUCAACUUUGCUUACACUAAUGCGCAACAAUAUAAUUUUUAUUUAUUUUGGAAAUGCUUUAUAAAAUGGGUGGCUAUUCUCAUUAAAAAUACAUGUUCAUUAAUUUAUAAUAUUUUUAAAUACUUCGGAGAACGUCCUAAAUUAAUUCAACUACAGAUUUUGGACAUGUAUUGUAAUGGCUUAAUUUCUCAAAUUUGCUUGAUUGUGUUUCAGGGCAAUGAUGAUGUUAUCUUAAUUGAUUUCACACUCGACCUUGCUUAUCAAUUUCUUUCACCAUCUGAUGAAACUAAUAACAGAUUUUCCAAGAAAUUCAGCUUCGAAAUUACUGCAUUUGUAAGAUAG